AUGACAGCUGAAGCUUUAUCAGAUAACAAAACGUCACCUGAGAAGCCUACAAAGUACACCAGAGCCACUAUUAAAACAACAGCACCAACAACUACAUCUACUCCUAUCAAGGAAAGGAUACUAAAACAUGAACUAGAAAUAACUGCUUUAUUAUGUUCUUUUACACUGCUGGGGUAUGUCUCUGGCUUUCCAAUAGCAAGGAAAAGCGUGUAUUUGUCUUACAGAGUAAAGCAUGAAAAUGCUGUGAUGUACGAUAAAGGCCCUGACGAUCUCUAUUUUGUCGGCUUUUGGGUUGUGGCGUUUACUUUCUUACGUGCCUUUGUGAUGCGAUUUAUCUUUCAUCCAUUGGCUCGAUUAUUUGAUGUAAAGUCUUAUGCUAAAAGACAGAGAUUUGCUGAACAGGCUUCGAUGUUUACCUACUAUACCGUCUUUUGGACAUUUGGCAUGAAUAUUAUGUACCAUAGUCCUCAUUGGUUCGAUAGUUCACAAUAUUGGAUUGGUUACCCACAUAUUCUCAUGUCAAAACGAAUGAAAUUGUACUAUUUAAUGCAAUUUGCUUUUUGGAUCCAGCAACUGUAUACCAUCCACAUUGAAAAACGAAGAAAGGAUCACUUUGCUAUGCUUUCACAUCAUAUCAUCACGCUCGUAUUGAUCUCUUCUAGCUACUAUACCAAUUUUACACGUAUUGGAAAUGCUGUCCUUUGCUGUAUGGAUUUUGCUGAUAUUUUACUUGCCCUCGCCAAAAUGCUAAAAUAUAUCGGUUUCUCAUUUGUGUGUGAUAUUGCCUUUGGACUGUUCGCGUUAGCAUGGCCGAUCACGCGACACGGUUUAUUCUCCAUGAUUAUAUGGUCCACUACAGUUGAACCUGAAAAGUAUCUAGAUAUGAAGUGGGAACCAGAGAAAGGAAAAUACUUUACACCCUUUACUCAAAAGAUCUAUAUCCUAUUAUUUAUUCUGUUGAACUGUCUCAUGUUCUAUUGGUUUGCUAUGAUUGUCAAAGUCAUCAUCAAGGUCUUGCAAGGGAAUAAUGCUGAAGACAGUCGCAGUGAUGAUGAGGAUGAAGAGGAUAGCAUCCACGUGAAUGAGCAAAAACCCACCGUCAAGGAAACGUUGAGAAAACAGGAAAAAAGAUCUACUUAA